UGUUUACAAUCAUCCCAUCACGAAAUGGCAGAACAUCAAGAUCGGAUCAUCCUUCCUGGCUUCGGUCGGCCACUUGACGAUUACAAGCAAGACGAAAGGCCGGACUUUGAUCAUGCAAUUCGUGAUUUAUGCCAGAGUCUAGGAGUGGUGUUGCGGGAACGGCGAAUGAUUGACUUUAUAAAUCAGAUCAGCGACAAGCCAGAAUGGGAUAGGAAGGUGUUUGAUGAGGACAUCGUGAGUAAAUGGAUGGCUGAGGCUUGUGUGUGGAAAGAGGAGUUGAAUGAUGACUAUCUUUCGGCUGCCAUGUUUGACUAUUGCAUCAGAGAGCUUCGUGACAAAGCUGCCUAUUUUCAAAAGUCUCAGAUGGUCUGUGUGCUGGAUUGCGAGACAGCAAUCGUCAAAUCCGACACGGCAGUUUCCCAGGACUUGAUGAAUGCACUUCGACAGAACGUACGUGCCCUGGAGGAAGUUCCAGAUUCAGCAAAAGACUGGCAUCCUGGAUCAGACCAUAAGGUGUUGGAUCUGUUACAUCCUUCGCUCUUUCCGUUGGUCCAUGGAAAAUCCCGCGCAUUGCCGUACAGGACUGUCCCCCUGGACAGCUGCACCCGAUUUAUCGGCGAGGGCGAAAUAGUCAAUCCUGAAUUACAUACUAAAGUAGUAGAUAGAUGGGAUUAUAAGGGCCAACUCAAGCCGUGGGGGAACUUCCAAUGGCUUCCAUCGAAUGUGCAAUUCGAAGAUGGCCGACCGAGCAUCACCAGUUACAUCAAUAACCUGCACCCUCACGACCACAAGGAACUCUAUGGAGCUUUAGAAGGCUUUCUUGCAGCUGCAAUCCCCCUUUGGAACGAGUGUCUCUCAUGGGAUGUCCCCCGGCUGAGAAUCAAACAUGAGAACUUUUCGGACGAGGAUUUUACAGUUCCCAAUGGAGUUACGUAUACUCCAUCAGAGCAGGACAUGAUAGAUGCUUGCCUUCCAGAUAUGCCCAUGGAUCUUCGGCCACGCACACUGCAGGAGGCGAGAGAUCAAGAUCUCACUUAUACAGAUGGAUUCGUUGAUUGGUUCGAGCAAAACCGAGUUCUCAUUCAGCUUGAGCCAGAGCAUUUCCGGUCGCGCGAGGACUGGAGGGAACAGACCAAGCCGCGCGUUGUGGAUCUGCAAAAGGACUUUGCAAAGUCUGGGCUGCAGGUUAUUUUCAAGCUGGCCAAUACACACCUCACCCCGGAAGGUCCCGAGUAUACGGGUGGAAGCUGGCACAUCGAAGGCGCUUUGAACGAGCACAUCAGUGCUACUGCCCUCUACUAUUACGAUGAGGAGAACAUCACGCCCUCUCAUCUUUCCUUCCGCCAGUCUGUGGAAAGUGUGAACAUCACGGGCAGUGCUGCCCAGGGCGAAUAUCACUCGGCAGAACUAUACUUCGGAGUCGAGUACGAUGAUCCCGCGAUCCAAAAACUGGGCAGUGUCUUGACAAGAUCUGGCCGUCUUCUCACAUUCCCAAAUGUCCUCCAACAUAAAGUCCAACCAUUCCGACUGGCUGAUCCGACUAAACCAGGCCACCGAAAGAUUUUGGCCAUGUUCCUUGUAGAUCCCCAUAUCCCCAUUCUCUCAACGGCAAACGUCCCACCUCAGAGGAGGGACUGGUGGGCAGAUGAACUGCGGAAUGUGCCCCCCUUUCACGCUUUACCCUUGGAGAUUUUCAACAAUAUUCUUGAAUACGUGGAUGACUUUCCUAUGAGCUGGGAGGAUGCUGUGGAAGUGAGACAGAAACUCAUGAACGAACGAGGAGCGUUGACAGACCGAGUCGACACUUUCAUGAGAAAUGAAACAUAUAGCUUCUGCGAGCAUUAAAACGCCUUCACUUUUGUCAAUAAUAUUUGCAAUGCCACAUGCCUUACGUAUAUAAAGCUAGAAACGCCGUUAUAUCUAAUCUUGGAUAAUUGCACCAUGGAAAACACAAAGCUAUUAGAAAAUGUAUUAAAACCCAAACCAUUACACCGUA